AUGAAAAACAAGAAGCGAAAGCGAUCUGAUUCAUUCUCCAAGAAACCAGCCAGGCCUGUGAACUGCAAGCGAGAUUUUUGGCGGAUCAAAUCCAGCAAGAUUUUUUACGUGGCUGCUCGAAUUCGGGAGUUGAUCAAGGAAUGCGAGCAUCUUCCACGAGAGCGGCAACACGAGUUCAAAGCGAUCGUGUUUUCGCAGAGCAUUUGGCGAGCUAAAGUUGCUCUUGAGAAGCAGGAUAUCCGCACCGCCGAUUUUAUUCCAAGGAUCAAUCUUCGCGAUCGAAUCAAGAAUUUAGAGGCAUUCCGCUCGCAACCAGAUGUACACGUUCUUUUGCUGUCUAAUCAUGGAUCCCACGGCUUGGACUUGUCGUUCGUCACGCACAUGUCCCUGUUGGAAGAGAUUUGGGAUAAAUCAUUGGAACAGCAAGUUAUCAGUCGAGCUAAUCCGAUGGGAGCCAAAGAGACUCUUACGGUGGAGCUGUAAAUUGGGCGGUGUGGUAAAAAGUGAGUCCUCGAUUGAAAAUAUUUUCAAAUCGAGUCCCAGAUUGGAAAUUUCCCUUAAAAAAAUAAAAGUGUGAUUCGGUUC